UACACAACGUCCAGCAAGACACUUCUCAGCUCCCAGAGUUACACCUGCUGCAGAUUGACAGGUUUGAUAACACAGAUGCAUAUAAGAGGCAACACAUUUUCACUUUGGAGGCGGACUGACUGAGACUACGUUUCUCCUAAAGUGAAAUUCAGUUAGUUAAGAUCUGCUUUAAGUUUACAAAAUGUGCAAAGGUCUUUCCUCCCUGCCGUCCUCAUGUUUAGAAAAGGCGAAGGGGAUGCGAGUGAAGCUGAGCCACCUGGCUGAGCUCCAUCACAAACAAAGGGUGCAAGACGGGAAAAUCCUUCAGGACCUGGAAACUCUUCUAAACAACAAAAUUGGUCUUCAGGCGUUUCGAGGUUUCCUGCGUUCAGAGUUCAGUGAGGAGAACCUUGAGUUCUGGCUGGCCUGUGAGGACUACAGGGUCUCCUCAUCAAACCUGCACAGGACCAAGGCCAGCAGCAUCUACAGCCAGUUUAUCAACCCUGACGCCCCGCUGGAGGUGAACCUGGAUGCUGAGACCCGCGAGGCUCUGCUGAGUGCGACAGGCUCUCCGUGCGUCGAGACGUUUGACAAAGCCCAGCAGAAGAUCUACAGCCUGAUGGCCAAAGACUCCUUCCCUCGGUUCCUGCGCUCGCACCACUGCAUGGACGCCAUCAGGGCUUUUUAACUCUUUACGGUGCAAAGCCAUGCACAACUAAUAAUCUGCUCAGCUUGGUGUUGAUUGUAUUUUCUAUUUAUCAGCUUAUUUAACUAUCUUAAUAGUCCAUGAUUUAUGUGCUGUCUACUGCACAGAAUUAGUACCCAGAUUUAUGAUUUCAUUGUAGGACUCACUCUGGCCUGCCUGUUUACAAUUAAUUCCUGAACACAUUUGAAAUAAACAGCUUGAAUGACAAACUAAACUGUAACAGACGUUACACAAAGCAUUUUUACAAUGAUUUAUAUACAUCUUUAGAGUGAUAUGGGUAGAUUAUUUUAUUGUCUGUAUUUCCAGGUAGUAACUGUACUGUGGCGAGAGAAGAUUACAUCAGCUUCACAAAACCUGAGUCAACAAUUAUUUACAGGAAUAAAGACCGUCAGAGAGCUUCAGGCCAACAUUUUCUGU